AUGGCUGGCAAACCUUUGACGAAAGAACAACAGUUGGCCGAGGCCAUCAAGUUCCAAAACGAGGUCAGUCGUGCGACCGACCGUCGUAGCAGUCGCGCUCCAUCCCGUGGAGGAAGUCGCUCCCCGAAUAUGACGGACCCGAGCUACAACAACAUGACCUCGUCUGGCCUUGGUGUUACUGGAACUCCUCGUGGCAACUCGCGCCAGGCCACGCCUCAGAAGCUUGCGACACCGGAGCAGCUGUUCGGUCGGCCCAGCCCUGUGCCCACUUCUGUUUUUCAGAACACUCCCACGCCUGUCACUCAACAACCAGCUUCUAAACUUGCCGACCACUUCGAUCCCAUGCAGGUCGAUUCCCGCUCUGGUGUGCCUCAAGAGACUCGAUCCGUCAAUUCCACCACGCCAGUAGGUGGCCGCAGCCUUGGUAGCUCUCGAUGGGCCACUUCUGGAAGUGUUAAACCUGUCUCUGACGUCAAGGCCGUCGAUGGUUCUGAGUUUAUGGACGUUGACCAAGAUUCGCUCACUCCCAAGCUUAUUCAAGCGGAUCCAUCCCCCGAGAGCCUGCUCAAGGCUUCCAAGUCGAGCGAAGCCAGCCCUGUUCCCGACUCAAGUACCAAUACAAGCAGAAUCUCCGGUACGGCUUCUACCCAGGAAGCCAUUAUCAAAAAUGCCGACAAUUCUGGCAGUUCGAUGAACAAGGGCUUGUAUGGUUCCAGAUGGGCGGCGUCUGCGUCAAAGAACGAGUCCCACUCUUCUCUGGCUCCUCAGUACCCGGACCCAUCCACACUAGAGCCGGUCUAUCGUAGCUCGGACUGGCUGUCCGAUCUGUCUGCGGAAUACAAGGCGCUUUCAAUCAAGAAGAAGGGUGCUGCUGAGGCUCAAUCUGCUCAAGCCAGCUCGACUAUCCAGUCCAACGAUGUGCAGAGCGCAGCUCGGACUGUGGGACCUCCAUCGAGUGGAGCGACCGUGCAAUCUGGGAAGAUCACUGUCAAACUGCCUCCUCAUUCUGCUGAGGUUGAGCCCACUGUGCAGACUAGCUGCAAUCCUGCAGCCUUUGAUGCCCCCUCUCAGGGUCCCGCCUUCGGCCAGCAUCCUACUCCUCCGUUGACCCGAACAAGCCGAGGGGCUGCCGACCUCCGAAUGCCAUCUGUCCAACGGCCUAACACCAAUGUUAGUCCCGCUGUUGAGCCCAGUCGUGCUCCAGCCUUCGCGCAGCCUGUUGACAAAAAGCCACUUACACCACCGGCUAACACCUCUUCGGCGAGUCCUUUCAACGACGUGGCUUUCAAGGAUUGGUACAACACCCAAUUCAUGAACCGCAAGGCGUAG